GAUCCGCCCUUUUUUACAGAGGUAGCCAUGGACACCGCGCGAGAGCGAGUCAGCCCCGUAGAGUUCUCACAGCGAGUGUUUCCGCUCACCUAAAAUAAAGAGCUGGCUGAGUCGAGGACAGGGGACGAGCGGAACGGCACUGACGGAACUUGACGCCGAGGACGUCGUAUUUUUAUAUUUCUAUACUCAGGUCCGAGCGUCUCCAUUUAUACAGUCCUUAAUGCCUCGAAUGUGAAUGUAAGAGAGGAGGGCUCGCCGCCGCUAGUAACCUUUACGUUGGUUAAGCCAUAGAGGACUCUCCCUGGUUGUCGGAGGAAAAGAUGUGCGAUGGAAUGGUAGCGUUUCAGACGAGAGCCCUGUCCUCCUCUUCUUCAUCCUCUACCUCCUCCUCCUCUCCAGCUCACAGGCUGGCUGCCUCCGUGCUUAUCCUCCUCUUCAUCCUGCUCCCUCAUGGUCACGCAUCAGGUUGUCAGCACCCACCUGGUGUGCAGCACGGAUACCUGCUGAACCAGACUGAAUCCAACCGGGGCUCUUUCCCACCUGGCACUGUGUUAGUGUAUGGCUGCGAGUCUGGAUACAUCGCCGAGUCUGGAUCCAGAUCCAUCGUGUGUACCACUUCUGGAACCUGGUCCCAACAACUGCUACGCUGCAUCAAAAACAAUGUAUGUUCACUCCCUACCCAACCAGAAAACGGGGGCUACCGUUGUCAUCCGACCCACUGCAGCCCUCUGAUUGAAGGCACCGUCAUCGAGUACUUCUGCGCCGAGGGUUACGCUCUGAAGGGAGAGUACAAGUUCCUCACCUGUCGGAAUGGCGAGUGGGACCGUCCCAUGCAGAUUAGCUGCCGACUCACAGAAGAGAAGGAACCGAGUUCUCCACUGGGUACACCUGCUCUGUCUAUUGUGAUAAUCACAGCCGGCUCUGUGGCAUUCGUCCUGCUUUUAGUGGUGCUGUUUGUUCUUGUACAACCAAAGCUCAAGUCUAUUCAUCACAACAGGAGGGAGCAGGGUGUGUCGGGCCAAGCCAGCUCCAUCAUGGUGGAGGGUGUACAGGUGACCCUGCCCUCCUAUGAAGAGGCAGUAUAUGGAAGCAGUGGACCAUGUGGCCCUUCCGGUUCUCUUCCUCCUCCUUCUUCACCGCCGCCUCCAGUCCCUCCAGAGUCUAGAGUUCCUAUUGUGCUCUCUGAGGGGCUUCCUCAGGGAGCCACAGGAGGUCAAAGCUCCAGGAGAACCCGCCACCACAGAGACUUAGACUUCUGUCUCCCAUCCACCUCCUCCUCUUCAUCCUUCUCCUCCCGCCGUCAUGCAGAGACGGUGUUGGUUCACCAGGCUCCCUCUUCCUCCUCUUCAUCAUCAUGGAUUACAGAGCACCCUGGGGGUGCAUGCGCAGGUCCCCUACCUCUCCGUAGAGACUCUGACAGCAGCGACCAGCACAGCCUGCUUUCUGUCACCUCAACAGAUGAUUUUUGUGAUGAUAUUCCCCUGUUGAAGGAAGCAUGAAGCCUGCUGGCCUGCUAUCAGCAUCAGCAGCAGAGCCCCUCUUUCCCUUUCUCACGCUGCUGGCCAGAACUGACUGUGGCUGUCAACCUUCUUCCCUGAUCCCGCCCCACUGCAGCCAGCAGAGAAAAGACUAGAACUGUGCCCUUUCCCUAUCACAGCCUCUUCUGCCAUUGCUAGACAUGCAGAGCAAAGCUGACAACCAAUACCCAUAUUGCACUGUAAGGCAAUUACGGAGCACCACAGGACCCACCUGCUGGAUCAGACUAAAGAUGAGCCAGACAAGCAGAGUGGUGCCAGUUUAAGUUAAAUCCUGUAGAUCCUGUGUAUAUGAGUAAAAAACAUACCUGAGUCAAGGUUGUGUACUAUAGGCUAUGUAUUACCAUACACUUGCCUCUACCCAGAUGUAUUUCUCUAUAUUAACAUUGCUUCUUCAGAGAAGGCUACAACAAUCGAGACACGCCAGCUGCAUCUGACACAACUGUGGAUACAAAAAAAAAAAAAAGAACAAGAAGAAAAGGAAAAAAAAGUGUGAUUUUCGCUCCUGAUGCUGUCGGCACUCAGUCUUCCCGCCAUACUUGAAAAGUUGUGAGUGAUGCCUGAGUUCCUUGUGAAUGCUGCAUGUGGUUUUCAGUUGUUUGCUGUCACGGCACGGUGGCCUAUUCUGAAUGAAGCAUGAAGCCUCCUCUCUGACUGUCUGCUUAUCUGUGCAUCCAGUUGGCGUCUAACGUGUGGAUAAGUAGGAGUGACAACCACUUCACCAAAUCACAACUAUAAAAAGAUCUGCUUCUUCUUUUUUUUUUUGUUCUUUUGCUCGCUGCACCCGGCAUCUGGAAGCUGCUCCUUCUCUCACAUGAGUGGGAUUAAUUGGUGUUUUGGAUCCACAACUUCGCUACACAUCUUAGCUGUACAGGGAAAGAAAAACAAAAUGCAACAUUUUAUCUGAGCUUAAGAGUGAGCUGUUAUUGUUGUUGUUGUUGUUAAACAAGGUGAUUGGGCACAUGAGCCAAAUUUAAUUUCUUCCCAUCGUAUUUAUUGCGUGGCGUGUGGCUCGGUUUGCUUUAAGUUGCUUGAUUUUGAGUGCGUGUCUGUGCGUGUAUGUUUAUGUGCCAGCGAGGCCACAGAGAACAUGUCCUCUUAUUGGUUAGGCCUUGAUACAGCCAUUUCCUGAUUUGCCUCCCUUCUGAUCCGAGGCUGGCUUCACAAUGUCCCCGUCAGUCACCAUAGGAAAACAUCCCUCCCAGCAUUGAAUAAGUCACAUGAACAAACCAGCUUCACUUCGGGCGUCGAGUCCACAACACAAUGUGUGUAUUAUUCAUUCGCUCUCAAGCUAGAAUAGUUAUUAUGUUCUGCUGAAUGGCUGUAAAACACGGGCCUCCUCAGAGGAACUGGCUUAUGCUCAUCUUCACACUGAACUAAGGACUCUCCACUUUUGUGCAUUAUUGACACAAACUGCAACUGGUUGCAGUGAAUUAAAUAAGAGUUUUGUUAUAAAUAUAAAUAUAUACAGCACCCUGUCACAUGUACUCACUCACCCCUCGAAUGCCAAGUGCAAGCUUAAGCGAGAAUCUUGUUAUUCUGUUAGAAGUCAUCCUCUGUUUUCGUUGCCACUUGAAAAGCUUAGGGGGUUGAGCUGGUCACCCUGACAACAGCAUGACUGGGAUGGAUCCUCAGAGCUACUUUAUAACCUUAACUGCCUGGGAAAAAAAUACAAUAACACAGCAACCUGUCUGAAUUUCUAUUCUCAGUUUUAUUUUGACAUUCGUUUGUCACGUCAAUGGCUACAUUAUUAAUGCAAACAGAUGUUGCCUUAGACUUGUAAAUGUUCUUUCUUUUUUCUUUUUUUGAUGUAUAAUCUUAAGCCUCUGCAUUGGUUGCGCCACAAUACUGCAACAUAUUCUGUUUUCCCAAUGGCCUUACUCUAUUCUUUUCUAUUCUAUGCAUAAAACUGUCUGUAUAUGUAUCAAUGAGUUUACUUUUGUUGUGGACACGACUAAAUGAAUGUCCAUCCUUCUCUGUCCUCCCCUAGCUUUUCCAGCUACUGUGAUGAUGAUGAUGGUGAUGAUGGUGAUCCUUUAAGCACCUAUGUUUUAUUUGCCCUUGGCUUUCUCUUUUGUUACAAGGCAUUAAAAAAAAUUAUGGUAAAGGGGCAAAAAUUGAAUUCAUUUGCAUUCAGAAGCACUGUUGUACAGUGUUGCUUCCCAGUUAGAAAAACAUCUGGAUUUUUGUUUGUUUCAAUGCUUUCAGCUUUGGUUUUUCCUCUGUACAUGGCAGUGGGUGUGAAGAUAGUAAUUUAAUAUUUGUAUAAAGUUUAAUUUAAUUUUACAGUGUGUAUAUAACUUUCUAAUUAAAGCUUUCUUUUGAAUGUG